AAGGCCUAAGCACCUAUUGGGUACCGUGGGGCUAUGGGGGAUACACGGACUCUGGCGAGGGAACACGUGUGCAUGCAACAUUCUGGCUCCGGCUAUGAUAACCGCCGGGUGGUACCUCCGCGUUCGACAGUCAGAGACCAUCUACCACCUACGGACAAUCACAACAUCCAUAGCCAAGAGAAAAAAUUCUCCUGGGACAGGACUCGAACCCAGUAGUAGACUGUUCGGUCAGUCUACUACUGCGGCCACCGCUGCUGCCUAUAGUA